UUCCGGGUGGGUGCUGGCCGAAUAUAAAUCUAGAAAAAGAUAUCCACACUCCUUCCACGGUAUUGGCCUAUAGCACUUCAGAAUACCGCCUUUGACAGCGGAGGGGGGUCAAGGCACGAGGGGACCGGGAGAGCCCGUGAGGUCAUCACAGAGCGCCGUUGGCGCCGCGGGCAGAGCCGGUGCGACACUGACGUCACCGCCGUCCGACUGCUUCUCGGGAGACAGGAGUGGAAGGCCGGCGAGUUGGCCAUAAUGGCAGGUGAAGAAAUUAAUGAAGACUAUCCAGUAGAAAUUCAUGAGUAUUUAUCAACAUUUGAGAAUUCCAUUGGUGCUGUGGAUGAGAUGCUGAAGACUAUGAUGUCUGUUUCUAGAAAUGAGUUGUUGCAGAAGUUGGACCCACUUGAACAAGCGAAAGUGGAUUUAGUUUCUGCUUACACAUUAAAUUCAAUGUUUUGGGUUUAUUUGGCAACUCAGGGAGUUAAUCCUAAGGAACAUCCAGUAAAGCAGGAAUUGGAAAGAAUCAGAGUGUACAUGAACAGAGUCAAGGAAAUAACAGACAAGAAAAAGGCUGGCAAGCUGGACAGAGGCGCAGCUUCAAGAUUUGUAAAAAAUGCCCUCUGGGAACCAAAACCUAAAAAUGCAUCCAAAGUUGCCAAUAAAGGAAAAAGUAAAAAUUAACUUUUUGGUUUUGAUGUAUGUAUAUUCAAAAAGUACAUCAUUUUUAUUGUUUAUCACAAAAUGAUGAUUAUGUGGCAAUGCAGGGUUUAAAUGUAUUCUGUAUUGAAUUCAUAUAUAAAGUUUACAUUUUAAAUUUCUAAUGAUAAAUACUUUUUUUCCUCCAGAAAGAUUGUUAUCUUUAUUGAUUAUCCUGUGAUUACUGUGAGGUUUUUAACAUUGUGGUAUAUUUUAUAUUUAUAGUUUACCAUCUCUCUUCACAAGACUCUUAUUUCCUUGUAUAGGUCAGUCUUUCAAGUACCAUUUUAUAAGCAACUAUGAAAUUUAAGUUAAAUGUUCUUUGUAAACAUUUGUCUAUCUUGAAUAAAUGACUUUAUGAAGUAUGCUAUCUGAAAGCUGAAAUUAUAAAUACAUCAGUUUUCACUAUAUAAUAUUAAGAAAGAAUGAAAUGACUUAAAUGUCCAUUUUUUUCUGUGCAGUUCAUCAUGUUUUCAUGAUUUUGGGAAUUAUUGCUUUUUUUGAUAUUUGAAGUGUGAAAUUAAAACUUUCAGGUUAUACUUUAAUUCUUGGCACUUUUCUUCUAUGUCCCAUUUAAAGUAAAAUAUAUUCUCAAUUAACUUUAGAUGGGAAAUGGGGUUGUGUAUUGAUGGGAGGUUGUAUAUUCAUGGCUGAAUUUCAGCAUAAUGGCUAUACCCUAUCAAUAAAGGCUAUAAAUGUUGUGUAGCUUA